ACAACUUCACAACUGCGGCGCAUUUCGUGUUAAUGUUUUUGACGCAUGUGUUCCAUUUUUUUAGUUGGCGCCGACACGAGUGAGAGUGUAGUUGCUUCUUGUUGACGUUAUUAUAAUAUCGUAUUUUAGCGAAGGCUAUAAAAUAGUUUGAACAAAUGAUUCAUUGAUGACAGAAAAAGAUUAGUAAAGAAUCACACGUGAAAGAUGAGUGAGAAUAAAGAAGAGGAGGAGGUCAAAAUGAUUGAAGACGGUGCUAAGGAAAAAGCAACCUGGCCAUUUAUGACUAUCAAGUCAUUUGCGACUUCUCUGGUUCUGAAGGCAGUUGCUGUUGGAGCUAUUUGGGGAUGGGGAUACAUGAACUGGAGUGUUGCAUGGUUAAUACCACCUGUAAUAUUAUCAGUAUGGAAGAACGAAAAUAGCCAGAGUUGUAAUCUUAAGAGACUUACCGCUCAAGCUACUGUUAUGGCUAAGGAAAAAGAUGUAAUUCUCAGCAGAUUGGAUGAAAUUCCCUCAUGGGUAUACUUUCCAGAUUUUGAUCGAGCUGAAUGGCUCAACAGAGUGUUAUAUAAAGUCUGGCCUGGCAUGAAUCAUUUUGUAAGAAAUCUAGUUAAGGAUACAAUACAGCCAGCAAUUGCUCAAGCCUUAUCAGAAUAUAAAAUGCCAACAUUUCAAUUUGGACGAUUAGUACUUGGAAGAAUUCCACCAAAAGUUUAUGGGAUAAAAGUUUAUGAGAAAAAUACGUCCAGAAAUGAAAUCAUUAUGGACUGUGAUGUUUUAUAUGCGGGAGACUGUGAUAUUUCAUUUCACCUUGGUAAUAUUAAAGGAGGAAUAAGAGACUUUCAACUUCGAGGAAUGCUUCGUGUAGUUAUGAAACCCAUGCUUAACGUCAUGCCAUUAGUUGGUGGAGUUCAAGUAUCUUUCCUAAAUAAUCCAUCCAUUGACUUUAAUCUCGUAGGAGCUGUAGAUGUUUUAGAUUUUCCAGGAUUUAACCAAGCUUUGAGAAAGGUGGUCAGGGAGCAAAUUGCAGCAAUUGCAGUACUACCGAAUAAAAUAGUAAUUCCACUGAGUGCAGAAAUUCCUGCAGAGAUUUUGAAAACACCAGAACCAGAAGGUGUAUUGAGAAUUCACGUAGUACAGGCUAAGCAUUUGAUGAAAAAAGACAUUGGUAUGCUUGGAAAAGGAAAGUCAGACCCUUAUGCUAUUAUCAGCGUAGGAGCACAGGAAUUUAGGACACACACUAUUGAUAACACAGUAGAUCCUAAAUGGGAUUAUUGGUGUGAGGCUAUCAUCAAUACACGAAGCCUAGGUGUAGACGCUGCUAUUACAGUUUGGGAUUGGGAUCCCAACAUUCCUGGGGUUGAGAAUGAUGAUUUACUUGGAAGAGCCCACAUUGAAGUAAGCCGAGUGAAGAAGAAGGGAAUCAUAGACAAUUGGUUUACUCUGGAAAUGGCCAAACAUGGAAUGGUCCAUCUACGACUGACAUGGUUGAAACUUUCAAAAAAUUUUGAUGAUCUCCAAGCUGCACUUGUAGAAACUCAACAACUGAGAGUUACAUCAAUGAGCACGGCUCUUUUAACUGUAUUUAUUGAUUCUGCUCGUCAUUUGCCAUGUUUGAGAGGUAGCAAACAACCUGAUGUUUAUUUAGAAGCGAGUGUUGGUAGCAAAAAAGAGAGAACCGUGACUAUGGCACGUUCGUGUGAUCCCGUUUGGGAGCACGGAUUUUCAUUUUUAGUUAGCAAUCCAGAGACAAGCAGCCUGAAUAUUCGACUUAUAGAUGAAAAAACAACGACUGUAAUUGGAACAUUAGUCUAUAGCUUAUCAACUUUAGUAACAAAAGUAAACUUAGAAGAGUUACAACAGCCAUAUAAUCUUCAAGAUGCUGGACCAGAGAGUAAAAUUAUUAUGUCUUUGUCAUUGCAUAUUUUAAAAUAUGAAGAACCUACAGAGCCUAUUGACGAAGACGAUGAAGAAGAAACAGACAUUAAUGAAUUAAAAAAGAGAAUAGAUCGACAAGAAUCGAAUAUAAGCUCCCAGAAUAGUAGUGUACAAACAACUCCAUUGAAGAAACAAAUAUCAAAAGAAUCCCUCCAUAGUACAGCAAACAGUGCGAUAUCUGGAUCUGUUGCUACCCCAUUAAUAGUUGAUGAAGAAAAAGAAGUUGAAGCUAAAUUUAUUGCCUCUGAAGCCUUAAAUACUACCAUGGCUCCUCCAGGACUCAUUCAACGAAACCCUAGUGUUACUUCUUCCCAAGGCGAGUGGAAGCUUGGUAGAAUUCAAUUAACUCUUCGCUACAGUGUUCCCAGGCAAAGAUUGAUAGUUGUUGUUCAUAAAGUCGCACAUUUACCUUUACCUCAUAAUGACCCUUCAAACAUACCGGAUCCGUAUGUUAAACUGUAUUUACUGCCUGAUAGACACAAGGAAACCAAACGUAAGACUGCCGUGAUAAAAGAUAAUUGUAAUCCAGUGUAUGAUGAACAAUUUGAAUAUGUUGUAUCACAAGGAGACUUAAAUACGCGGAUUCUUGAAGUUUCCGUAUGUACACAAAAAGCUUGGCUGUCUUCAGGUAAUAAUAUUAUGGGCCAAGUUCACAUCAACUUAUCUGAAGUAGAUGUUACUAAAGCUACCACUGGUUGGUACGAUUUGAUGCCAGAAAUUAAGGAUUAAAUUUUACUGCAAUAUGAAAUGAUAUAAUAAUAUAAUAAAACAUAAACACCACUUAAUAUAUUUGAACUAAUAUUAUUAUAUGUGUUCUUAAAGAUUGCUUUAUCAAGACACAUGGGUGUUAUUUGAGAUUUGUUGCAUUAAUUAUAAUUAUUAUGAAAUAAUGAAUAAUUUUGUCUUUGAUAAAUAAAAACUGUUUUUACUCUA